GAUAUUCCUUUUUUUUAUGGGGUAUGCCAUCCGGUUGAGUGGUUCAAUUCACAGCCAAAACACAGAAAAGACCUGGAGCUGUGUCUCAGACUGGACAUGGCUUCAAAGGCUUCCACUAUCCACAUUUUCACCUUAUUCUUGAUUUGCAUUCCCUUUUCCAAUUCAAUUGACUUCAAUUACCCUGCAGUGUUCAACUUUGGUGAUUCAAAUUCUGACACGGGAGGCCUUGUUGCUGGUGUGGGAGAAUCCCUUCUUCCACCAAAUGGACAAACUUACUUCAGAAAACCAUCUGGCAGGUUCUGCGAUGGCCGUUUGAUCAUAGAUUUCUUAAUGGAUGCACUGGAACUUCCAUAUCUAAAUCCUUACUUGGAUUCCAUCGGUGCGCCGAGUUUCAAAAGGGGAUGUGAUUUCGCGGUUGCUGCUUCUACCAUACUUCCAGCAACAGCUAAUGCUAUUAGCCCAUUUUCAUUUGGGGUUCAAGUGGACCAGUUCAUCAGAUUCAAGAGCCGAGUUCUUGACCUUCAGCCUAAAGGUAGGAAAGCAGACAAGUAUAUUCCAGCAGCAGAUGUUUUCCAGAAGGGGCUUUACACUUUCGAUAUAGGCCAGAAUGAUCUUGCUGGUGCCUUUUAUUCGAAGACAUACGAUCAAAUUAUUGCUUCAAUCCCAACCAUUUUAGCAGAAUUUGAAGCUGGCAUUAAGAAAUUAUAUGAUGAAGGAGCAAGGAAUUUUUGGAUUCACAACACGGGUCCUCUUGGUUGCUUAGCUCAAAAUAUUGCCAAAUUUGGAACUGAUCCAUCCAAGCUUGACGAGCUUGGAUGUGUCAUCACCCACAAUCAAGCUUCCAAACUUCUAAACCUCCAGCUUUAUGCACUUUGCAAGAAGUUGCAAGGCCAAUAUUCAGACGCAAAUGUUACACAUGUUGAUAUAUUCUCAAUUAAAUCCAAUCUCAUUGCCAACUACUCCAAAUACGGAUUUGAACAACCUAUAAUGGUAUGCUGUGGAACUGGAGGUCCACCAUUGAACUAUGACAGUCGGAUAACCUGUGGCCAAACCAAGGUUCUGAAUGGAACAUCAGUGACAGUGAAAGCAUGCAAUGAUAGUACUGAAUACGUAAACUGGGAUGGAAUUCAUUACACUGAAGCUGCAAAUCAUUUUGUGGCCUCCCAAAUUCUCACUGGAAAAUAUUCUGAUCCACCCUUUGCGGAUCAGAUGCCCUUCCUACUUAAACUCAAGUUUUGAGAACCAAAAAAAAAAAUGAAGAUAUGCUUCUCAUUUUUUCUGUAAUGGAACUAAAUUUAUUGAAGAAUCUGAAAUAAAGAAAGUCAUUUUCUCAA